GUGUCCUCCCGGACUGGGGAGUGCAGCGCGGGGCGGGGACUCGCAGAGAGGAGAACAGCGCAUCAACCCCAGCGGGAGGCGCGCAGGUCUCGGGAUGCGGAAGGCGGGCAGGCGCCGCGCUCCUCUCCGCCCCCACGAGCAAGACGGUCACGUGCAGCGGAGGGGCUGACCUCCGCGGGCGGGCCUGGGAGGGGCGCCGCGCAGGUGGUUCAGGGUCGCCCGAGGCUAGGCGCGAGGCGGGCGCUUGCGCAGCGCGGGGCGGAGUGCGAGCCGGGGCCGGAACCGCCGCGGGUCGGGAAGGGCGGGGAGGAGCCUGGGAGCGCGCCGGCCGCCGCAUGGGGAGGGGCGGGGCGGAGCCGCGGCGCGCGCGCCCGUCGGAGGGGGCGGGACAGAGCAGCCAUUGGGCGCGCUCAGGUUGGCCGCUGGGAGCGUGGGGCGAGCGUGGACCGCGGCGCGGCGGUGCGAUUCUUUUCCCGGCCCUUCUCCCCGCCCCAGGCGAGGGCACCGUGUGGCGGCGGCGGCGGGGCCAGCGAGGCCGGAGGAGGCGGCUGUGCCCGGGCAUGGUGGUCUGGGGCAACGCGGAAGGUGGAGGAGUUACUGAUGGCCAUGGAGAAGGUAAAACAAGAGCUGGAGUCCAUGAAGGCGACGCUGUCCUGCACUCAGCAGUCACUGGCAGAGAAGGAAACUCAUUUGACCAACCUUCGGGCCGAGAGAAGAAAACACUUAGAGGAAGUUCUGGAGAUGAACACAUGCAAAUGACAGUCCAGGCUCUCCAGGAUGAAUUGCGGAUCCAGAGGGACCUGAACCAGCUGUUUGAACAGGAUAGUAACAGUAGGACUGGUGAGCCUUGCGUGGCAGAGCUGACGGAGGAGAACUUUCAGAGGCUGCACACUGAGCAUGAGCGGCAGGCCAAGGAGCUGUUCCUCCUUCGAAAGACUCUGGAGGAGAUGGAGCUGCGGAUUGAGACUCAGAAGCAAACCCUGAACGCUCGGGACGAAUACAAGAAGCUUCUGGAGAUGUUGCAGAGCAAGGGGCUUUCUGCUAAGGCUACUGAGGAGGACCAUGAGAGAACAAGGAGACUGGCAGAGGCAGAGAUGCAUGUCCACCACCUCAAAAGCCUUUUGGAGCAGAAGGAAAAAGAGAACACUCUGUUGAGAGAGGAGAUGCAUCGGAGAUUUGAGAAUGCCCCUGAUUCUGCCAAAACUAAAGCUCUGCAAACUGUUAUCGAAAUGAAGGAUUCAAAAAUUUCCUCUAUGGAGCGUGGGCUCCGAGACUUGGAAGAGGAGAUUCAGAUGCUGAAAUCGAACGGGGCUUUGAGUACUGAAGAACGAGAGGAAGAAAUGAGGCAAAUGGAGGUCUAUCGGAGCCAUUCUAAAUUUAUGAAAAACAAGGUCAUGAUUGGUCAGGUGAAGCAGGAGCUGUCCAGAAAGGACACAGAACUACUAGCCCUACAGACAAAGCUAGAAACACUCACCAACCAGUUCUCAGACAGCAAGCAACACACUGAAGUGCUGAAGGAGUCCUUGACUGCUAAGGAGCCUCGAGGGCUGCCAUCCUGCAGAACGAGAGUGGACAGGCCAAAAUCUCAUCAAGUUCGAACCUCUGGUACAAUAAGGCGAACCUCUUCUUUGGAUACGACCUUAUCUCACAGGACAGUGGCCACGAGAUCCUCAUGUUCAUUACCCUUCAUGCAUGAAAGAUAAAGCU